AUGUGCGUCGUCGAGAAGGGCGCGACCGCCGGCCGCGAGUACAAGGUCGCCGACAUCUCGCAGGCCGACUUCGGUCGCAUGGAGCUGGACCUCGCGGAGGUGGAGAUGCCCGGCCUGAUGUCGUGCCGCAAGGAGUUCGGCCCCUCGAAGCCGUUCAAGGGCGCCAAGGUGUCUGGCUCGCUGCACAUGACGAUCCAGACGGCCGUGCUCAUCGAGACGAUGACCGCUCUGGGCGCGGAGGUCCGCUGGUGCUCGUGCAACAUUUACUCGACCCAGGACCACGCCGCGGCCGCCAUCGCGCGCGACUCUGCGUCGGUGUUCGCCUGGAAGGGCGAGACGCUCGAGGAGUACUGGUGGUGCACGCUCCAGGCCCUGACGUGGCCCGAUGCCGACGGCCCCGACCUCCUCAUCGACGACGGCGGCGACGCCACGCUCCUGAUCCACGAGGGCGUGAAGGCCGAGCUGGCGUACGCGAAGGACGGCUCCCUCCCGGACCCGUCGAAGACGGACAACGCCGAGUACAAGAUCGUGCUCAGCAUCAUCAAGGAGGGCCUGCCCAAGGACCCCACUCGCUGGCAGCGGUGCGCCAAGAAGCUGGUGGGCGUGUCCGAGGAGACGACGACGGGCGUGAAGCGCCUGUACGAGAUGGAGAAGGCCGGCGAGCUGCUGGUCCCGGCGAUCAACGUGAACGACUCGGUGACCAAGUCGAAGUUUGACAACGUGUACGGGUGCCGCCACUCGCUGCCGGACGGCAUCAUGCGCGCGACGGACGUGAUGAUCUCGGGCAAGCAGGUCAUCAUCUGCGGGUACGGCGACGUCGGCAAGGGCUGCGCGUUCGCGAUGCGCGGGCAGGGUGCGCGCGUGGUGGUGACGGAGAUCGACCCCAUCUGCGCGCUCCAGGCGUGCAUGGAGGGCUUCACCGUCGCGCCGAUGAAGGACUACCUGGCGACGGGCGACAUCUUCAUCACCACGACGGGCAACAAGGACAUCAUCAUGGCCGAGGACAUGGCCAAGAUGAAGAACAACGCCAUCGUGGGCAACAUCGGCCACUUCGACAACGAGAUCGACAUGGCCGGCCUCAUGAAGGUCCCGGGCAUCAAGCGCCAGAACAUCAAGCCGCAGGUCGACCGCUUCGUCUUCCCCGACGGCCACGGCGUCAUCAUGCUGGCCGAGGGCCGCCUGCUCAACCUGGGCUGCGCCACGGGCCACCCGUCGUUCGUGAUGUCGUGCUCGUUCACCAACCAGGUCAUCGCGCAGCUCGAGCUCUGGAACGAGCGCGCGUCGGGCAAGUACGACAAGAAGGUCUACGUCCUGCCCAAGCACCUCGACGAGAAGGUCGCCGCGCUGCACCUCCCCGCGCUCGGCGCCAAGCUCACCGAGCUCACCGACGAGCAGGCCACGUACAUCAACGUCCCCAAGGGCGGCCCGUACAAGCCCCACACCUACCGCUACUAA